AUGGAGCUUUUUGUGACCUAUUCCGGUGGUGUACUGAGCAACGCGGUGGAGGAAGUGGCCGGCGGGGGAGGCGCGAGGCCUGGGUUUGGAAUUAAGGGGUGGGACCACUGGAGUGGAAUAUUGUCUUUUGAAAAUACUGCAACAGUGUCCAAAAGAAAGAAGGGAACUCAUAGGAAUAUCGUUAGAUCAUCUCCCUUCGAUCCCAUUCAAUCCCCUCUGUUUUUCUACCCUUCAUCUUAUGGAGAACACAAAUAUGGCAUUCCUACACUGCGUUCAUCCUGCAAGUCUCCUGUUUUCUUCUCAGAUUAUUGGGAAGUUUUGAAGGAAAUCCAAGAAAUAUUCAGGAAUUCGACGGCUUUAGGCUCCCAGUCUUUAAAGUAUAUGCAGAGGAAUGCUGAUAGUUUUGGUGGCAAUUUCAGUGUUAAGAAAAGAUUUUCUUAUUUUGAUCAUCGUGAGGAUGGAAGAAAAAUCCCCUGUGGAUUCUUUAAACGUUUUCCAAUCAGUAAUUCUGAUCGUAUCGCAAUGGAAAAAUGCGAUGGCGUGGUGGUAGUUUCGGCUAUAUUCGACGAUCACGACAAAAUCCGGCAGCCAAAAGGCCUAGGAUCCAAAACCCUUGAUUAUGUAUGUUUUUUCUUGUUUGUGGAUGAUGUUACUCUCAAGGGAUUGAACCAUCACAAUUUAAUUUCAAGAAAAUCCAAAGAGUAUAAGAUUGGUGCAUGGAGAGUCAUUAGAGUUUCGAGCAAGCAUUUGUAUGAAAAUGCAGCAAUGAAUGGAGUCAUACCCAAGUAUUUAGUUCAUAGGCUUUUUCCUAACUCGAAAUAUAGCAUAUGGGUUGACGCGAAGCUGCAACUAGUUAUCGAUCCACUUCUAUUAAUCCAUUCGCUAGUUAUUAAAGAUAAUGUCGAUAUGGCUAUAUCGAGACAUCCAUAUUAUGUUCAUACCAUGGAAGAGGCAAUGGCAACUGCUAGAUGGAAGAAAUGGUGGGAUGUGGAUGCAUUGAAGACGCAAAUGGAGACGUAUUGUGAACAUGGCUUGCAACCAUGGAAGCCAAAGAAGCCAUAUCCUACAGACGUGCCUGAUAGUGCUCUAAUCUUGAGGAAGCAUAGUAUGGACAGUAAUCUCUUCUCCUGCCUUUUAUUUAAUGAAUUGGAUGCAUUUAACCCAAGGGAUCAACUGCCCUUUGCAUUUGUGAGAGACCGGAUGAAUCCAAAGCUGAAUUUGAACAUGUUUGAUGUUGAAGUAUUUGAACAAGUGGCAAUGGAAUAUAGGCACAACCUUAAACCUGGUGGGUCCAAUGUGGGGCCCAAAAUUAAGAAGGCAAAUUCUGAUUUGUUUGCCAAUGGUAGUUGUAGCAAAUGCGAGAAGUAUCUUUUAAAAAUGUGGGGUGAAUCCCAUGAUUGA